CAUUAACAACUCACAAUUUGACGAAGAGCCGAAAAAACAAGUACUACAUGAGGCACGUUGGAAUGGAAUUCAAAAUGAAAACAUGUUUAGAGACUUGGCGAAAGAUUUAAUAGCAACGAUGAAUAUUGAAAAUUUUAACAGAUAUAAAAUUCAAAUUCUGGAAGCAUUUUGA